CUAGCUAAAUUCAGACCUCAAAUCUGUGACUCGUAGUGCAUUUCACGGUAAUAAACAGCACAGAAACAACUCCCGUAAUAACGCCUCAUGAACGCAAGCCUUGACUAAUUCAGAAAAUGAUUUCAUGCACUUUGUGUGAUGCAGUAUCAGAUUAUUAUCAGGCCUCGAAUAAUGUUGACCGCAAGCAUUUGCUAGUGAAUGGCAUAUUGUUUAAGUUUUUAUGCUCUUCCAACACUUUAUAUGAAGGAUGAGACACAUUUUUUUGUUGAAUUCCUUCAAAAGAUGCCUCUUGUCAAAAGCUAUAGUGCAAAAAGAUAGCAUCUUUAUUGACCACUGAAUGAUACUGACAGAUAUGGGUGUCUAAAUGAAGUAUUUUUCUCCAGUCUCCCUUUCAAAGUUGUGAAAAGCAACCCUUUAACGAAUUGCCAAAAAUGGUACGUCUUGAAAAGAAAAGUACUAAGUGGAUUUUUGUUCGCAUUCAAACUUUUUAUUUAAAUGGUUUGAGUAUCGUGCUAUACAGGGUUCAGGAGGGAUUGGUUUUGACUACAGUUAAGCCUGUAGGCACGAAAACUUGCCAAGAACAGACGAAAUAUUGCUUAGCAGAAACUGGUAACCAUUAAAUUGUCACUAAAUGCAACUAGUUGUCAAAUGCAUGUAUGGCUGAAAUUUAUAAUUAUAUGCCCUUGAUAGAAUACAAACUGUUCAAUAUUUAAUUUCCCGGGUCGAAAUGGGUAUUGGGAUAGUUCACCCAGUUUCCAAAAUCCACUGGUCCAAAUUACCGGCUAUGGCUACGGCUAGUUAUCAGCGUCACUCAUUAUGCAUUGAAGUAUAGGACUAACUUAGCAACACAGUUAGCAACAGUCGAAGCUGUAACAGUUUGCGACUACCGCUAGCUACGGCUACGACCAUUGUUAAAGGUAUUGGGAUAUUUCAGUCAGUUUCCAAAAUCCACUGGUCCAAAUUACCGGCUAUGGCUAGGGCUAGUUAUCAGGAUCAUUAUGCAUUGAAGUAUAGGACGUACUUAGACAGUUCAACUGAGUUAGCAACAGUCGUAGCCAUAACAAUUUUCGGCUACGGCUAUGACCAUUGUUAACUGUUAUAGUACUUCUGCCUUAAUUAACGGCUAUGGCUAGAUUUCCGGGUCAUCAAGCGUUGAGGUACAGGACGUUCUUAGCCGUAGCCGUAUCUGCCAAUUCGGAUACGACCUUACCAACUCUUGAGGGCGGUAGAUUAUAAAGAUUUUUUAGUAGUCUGUGCCCUUUACGUGUGGACUCUUUUUAACUUGUACAACAUUUGAGAAGUCUAAAAGAAAAACAAUAUUUUUGUUAAAACAAAUUCAGAGAAAUUCAUGUGUCGGCUACAUAUAUUUGUUAAUCGUUUGACUCUUUUGAGGUAUUUUGGAAAUAAAAUGGACAAGAUACAUGCGUCAACAAUUCAUGGGAAAUGUCCAACAAACCCUUCAGUUGAGGUGUUGCCUGAAAAUGCAGAAGAAAGUGUGGAAAAUAAUGUUUUUAGCAGUGAUUUCAUGACGGCAACUCCAGCCGAUCCACCCAGUAAACGAAAGAUGUGCGAACGGUGUGGUCGUCCAGCUACAGUGUGCCUUUGUCCAUACUUCCCAAACACCAAGUUGAAAGUCUCCACAUCGGUCUAUGUGAUUCAACACCCAAAUGAAGAGAACCGGUCUUUGAGGACUGUACCCAUACUCUUCAACUGUUUGCAGGAUGGAAAGUGCUGUGUCAUUCGUGGUCGACGCUUUUCAGAAACCAGUCAUCCAGAUCUAUGUGAAGUAUGCAAAGAUCCCAACACCCUGGUCUUAUUCCCGGGACCAGAGGCAGUGGACGUCUCUGAAGUCCCGCCCCUUCCUCCCGACAGCCAAUCAUAUUACAAUCUGGUUGUGAUUGACGGGACUUGGCAUCAGGCCAAGAGUAUGUACAAAAGCAAUGUCAUCUUUCAUCGACCAAGACAGGUGCAACUAUCUAACAGCAAUUUGAGUGAGUAUGUCAUUCGAACACAGCCUACAAAUGCAUCUCUAUCCACAGUGGAAUCAGUCGCCAUUUCUGUCUCCAUCCUGGACAAAAAUCCUGAAAUACAAGAGACUCUGCUUCGACCCCUGAGGGCGCUGUGUAAAUUUCAGCUGGACCAUGGUGCCGCUGUCCACCAUAGCAAGGAGCACCUAAGAGAGAAUGGCUUAGAGUACCUUCCUAAGAGUAAACCAGAGAAAAGUUGAUGUUUGCUCCAUUUUUCAAAAUUAUCAGUCUAUUAAAUCUCGUGGUUAUGGCUUUAUGGCUAUGGCUUUUGGCUUUGGCUUUUGGCUAUGGUUAUGGGUUUGGCUCCAGAAGCAGCAUGUAUGAAUGAGCCAUAAGCAAGUUAAAUUUGAAUAAGGUCUGGUAAAUUGCUUGAUCUCAUUCACAAUCUACCGCUUCAAUUUUGAGCAAGUUCGAGUGUGCACAAUGGUUAACUAAAGGUUGACCAUUUUGACUCGAACCCAGGCUG